AUGUCAUCUACUUCCACCGUGCGAGUCCUCGACUCUACGGCUCUCGAAAGGGCGCCUUCUGAUUUCGACCCCUCACAAGCCGACGGCAAACUCAUCGAGGAAGCCAACCCCGCCACGAGAGCUCGCCUCGUGAUCAAAAAGCGCCUCAGCGGCGCGUCGGCGAACGGCCAGAAGGUCCUCCUCUGCCGCGUGGAGCAGGCGCCAACCGCCGUCGAGAUGAAUAACGCACACGCGAACCACCUGUCGGAGGCCGACCUGGUCAUCGUCAAGACAUUCGCUUCGAGACCGCGCUACGAAUGGUUUCCUGAUGGAUACCGAUCCCACGAUCAUGCAUCUGGCGAGCCGAAUUCGGAGGCCGCAGUGUACCAGCACCUGUACGACAACGGGCUGACCGGCUAUCCUCACUUGGCACCGCAGUACUAUGGCGCUUGGGUGUUUGAGAAGGAACAAAAGGGCCAGAAUGCUUGCGCCCGCGACAGAUACACCAGUCUCAUCGUGAUGGAAUACAUUCACGGAGUCUCCAUUGAGCAACUUGGCAUCCGAGACUGGGACCGUGAUAACUAUGGCCCCCUCCAACUCAGCACAACCCCCAUCGCACUGUACAGAAACUCCGACAAGACGCUCCUGAUGGAUACCGAAAGCCGACUUCGCAUAUUCAAGACCUUGCUCGACGGCGUCGUCCGAAAAUUGCACGCUGGCAUCUUUGUCGAUAGGAUGGGCCUCGCCCCUAGCAAAGUCUUGGUUUCUCUCCGCAACAACGGGAAAGAGCUUGAAGAACCGAGGGUUGUCUCCGUCGGUUACUACAUGGAUAAGGUGUGGUCUCGGACCAAGGAGGGACGUGAUUCGGGAAAACCCAUGAUCGCACAGCAGCUUGACCGACCACCUCAUCCUGCUCUGUACUUUCCGGCCAUAUCAGAAGUCUCAGACUUUCAGGGCUGGUUUCCUCGUGAAUGGUGCACCUACGACUCCGACCAGUUCCAUGGAUGGCUUUUGAGUGAAAGCGGGUUCGGGCCCUUGGACGGCAACGAGAAAUACAGCAACCUUCCUGAUGAGGAUGCUGAAUACUUGGGUCUCUCUAUGUUUCCAGUCUUUUAA